AUGGUCCAGAGACUCACCUACCGUCGCCGCCUUUCCUACAACACUCGCUCCAACCGUGUCAAGGUUGUCAAGACCCCUGGUGGCAAGCUUGUCUACCAAUACCAAAAGAAGCCCGUCAAGGCUCCCCGUUGCGGUGAUUGCGGUGUUGCUCUCCCUGGUCUCAAGGCCCUCCGUGCCCGCAAGUUGGCUAACCUUGCCAAGAACCAAAAGACCGUCAGCCGUGCCUAUGGUGGUUCCCGCUGCUCCCACUGCGUCCGCAGCCGCAUUGUGCGUGCCUUCCUUGUCGAAGAACAAAAGAUCGUCAAGAAGGUCCUCAAGUCCCAAACCCAAAAGAAGUAA